AUGUUGGUGUUAUUUAAAAAAAAAUUUUCUAAAAUGAAAUCAUUUGAUUAUUUAACUAAAUAUUAUUGUGUUUUAAAUUAUAAAACUCAAGUGAUGAUAAGACCUAAAUCGACAUUUGUUUCUCUUCCUAAUUUCGUUACCAAAGUUUCUAAUUUAUUUAUUAGUAAAGGUACAAAUAUAACAAAAAACGAUUGCAAAAAAACUUUUACAUUUUGUUGUUUUAAAUCAAACGAUCGAUCUGUGUAUAAUUUUUUUCAUACAUCAAAAAGAAAACUAAGUGAUAAUGUUACAAUUAAAAAUUUUAAAAUUAAACCUGUUGUGAAAAAUAAACCAGGUGAAUUUAGACGGCUAUUAAGUUUAGCCAAACCAGAAAAAUGGAAAAUAGCAGGUGCACUUUGCCUUUUAUUAAUUUCUAGUAGUAUUACAAUUGCAGUGCCAUUUUCAUUAGGGAAAAUUAUUGACAUUAUUCAAACAGAAGAUACGAUUAAAAUGAAAGAGAAUUUAACAAAAUUAUCUCUUAUAUUAUUGACUUUAUUUUUUAUCGGAGGUGUCGCUAAUUUUGGUAGAGUUUUUUUAAUUUCUGUAGCAGAUUUAGCAUAUUUCGAUCAAAAAAAAACGGGUGAAUUGAUAAAUAGGCUUUCAUCUGACACUCAACUUGUUUGUCAAGCUCUCACUAAAAACAUAUCGGAUGGUUUGAGAUCUGGAAUUAUGGUUAUUGGUGGCAUUAUUAUCAUGUUUUACAUGUCUUCAGAGCUGGCAUUGGUUGGGAUUUCAGUUGUGCCACCAGUUGCUGCUUUAGCAAUUGUUUACGGUAGAUUUGUUAAAAAUUUAACAAAACAAGUUCAGGUAUUUUUCAAAAAAUUUGCAUGCUUUUUAAUGUCGACUUCACUUGCAGAAGAAAAACUUUCUAGUAUAAGAACAGUUAAAGUUUUCGGCCAUGAAAAUUUUGAAAUUAAUAAUUAUGAAAAUAGUCUCAAUCAUGCAUUGAGUUUACAGUAUAAAGAAGCAUUGGCUAGAGGUGUCUUUUUCGGUUUGACUGGAAUGAGUGGGAAUGCUAUCACAUUGACAGUACUUUGUUAUGGCGGUUUUUUAGUCGGUGACGGAUCGUUAACGGUUGGCAAUUUGACGUCAUUUCUUUUAUAUGCAGCAUACAUUGGAGUUUCAAUUGCAGGAUUAACCAAUUUUUAUUCAGAAUUAAACAGGAGUCUUGGAGCGAGUAUCAGACUGUGGGAAAUCAUCGACAGAGUUCCACCAAUUUCUUCAACCGAUGGAUUAAUACCUAAUACGGAGCCAAAAGGAUUUAUAACUUUUAAAAACGUUACCUUUUUUUAUCCCACCCGAAAAGACACACCCAUUUUAGAAAGCUUGAGUUUAGAUAUUCCAGAAGCCAAAGUUACCGCCAUAGUUGGUUCCAGCGGAAGUGGCAAAAGCACGAUAGCCUCCAUUUUGCUUAGAUUAUACGAGCCGACCAAAGGGGAAAUUCUUUUAGACGGUUUCAACAUUCACGAUUUAUCCCCUCAUUGGAUUAGAAAACACAUUGGAUUUGUCGCACAAGAACCGAUUUUAUUUUCCGGUUCGAUAAGAGAAAAUAUUAUUUACGGUGCUUCCGAAGAUGCAAUCGUAACCGAAGAAGAAUUAAUUCAAGCAGCCAAAGAAUCAAAUUGUUAUGAUUUCAUAUCAAAUUUUACUCAGGGAUUCGAUACGAGAGUUGGUGAAAGGGGCGUCAUGUUAUCCGGGGGGCAAAAGCAAAGGAUAGCAAUAGCAAGAGCACUCAUAAAAAGUCCGAAAAUUUUAUUGUUGGACGAAGCAACGAGUGCUUUAGAUGCCGAAAGCGAACAUUUGGUACAAGAAGCUUUGGAAAGAAUAAUGAAAGGACGAACGGUUCUAGUUAUCGCACACAGGCUGUCAUCGAUUAAAAAUUCAGAUCAAAUAAUAGUAUUGGAAAGAGGGAGAGUCGUUGAAAAAGGAAAUUAUAAAGAAUUGAUGCAAAGCGAAGGAGGAUGUUUUAGAAAAUUAGUUAAACAUCAAGCUCUGUUUUAA